GGAUGUUCUCAGUACCGAUGCGCUUGCGCGUGUGAUAGUGAAAAGUAUUACUAAAUGAUAAUAAUAAUAAUUGUUAAUAAUUGUUUAAUUAAUAACAAUAAAUAGACGCGUAGUCGUGCACUAGGUAUCACAUUGUGUUUAAUAUUGCAAACAGCACAAAACUUUUUUCGAGUGUAUUAUAAAUUGAUUUCUAAGUAAAGUUUUAAUGAAUCGUGGAAUAAUUUAAUGAUAUCACAAUGCUUCUCCAAGCCGUGUUAUUAUUUAUAGUGGCGUCAACAUCAGCCAUGUCCACUGGACUCCAGCUUCUAUUCCCAGCUCAUCGUCUGUACAUCUUCCUCUUCAAGACCACGGUCUCCACGGGCCUGGAGACCAGCGAGACUUAUUGGACUCUCGACGGGAAAUUGUCGGUAGUUGUAGGCAGUAAUUUUACUAAGGCUCGAUUCCAACUGGAAGAUUUAGAGGUGUCAGCGUACAGUGACGGAAAUAAUUUGUACAACAAAUCGUCAGAAGCUGAGAAACGGUUGCUGGAGCCGUGGGAAGCCGAUUAUUAUGAGAGCGGCUCAAUAGAUUCCAUAUAUUUAGGGUCGGAGCCUGUGUGGGCUCAAAACAUCAAGCGGGCUUUGUCUCUAAACUUCCAAGUCAUCAAAAAAACCGGAACAUAUAAAAUUAGCGAGCCAUGCUUAUACCACCUGUGUCACGUGGUAUACACAACCAGAGGGAACAGUAUAAAGAAGUACACGAACCAACGAAUUGUUUCGGGCCAGACGGAGUAUUACUGGAGUACUGUGCCCACAGCACUAAAUUAUAUGGGACGUGGAUAUCCGGAAUCUAUGGCGCUGAGCGAGAGGGUGUAUGAAAUAGAUGACGUAAAGGGUCUCCUGAGUCUGGAACUGAAAGGCUCUUUCCAGUACAAGAUCAGCGAUAGUUUACUUAGCACUGUCACUUCCCUCUCCUUAUACUAUGAGUCACAUCGUCCGAUCCCUGAGCAAGUCGAGCUGGAUUUGAACCAGUCCUCUAUCACGUACGUCACCAGUGACUCCAGCAAUCCGUCAAAUGGUAUCAGAGAACACAGCCAGGAUUACUUGAAGAACAAGACAUACGGGAUCCUAUUGAAAAUAGCUACGAAAGGUAUCGACGCGGAUAAUAUAGUGAGGAAUGCCACAUUUAUACACAACUUGGACUUCUCUAUGUUAUUGAACACAAUGUCCCAACUAGAUUACAACCAUUUAAUAUUACUCUUCGAAGAUCUGAUCCUGGGCACCAGUUACGACGUAGAGACUGCAAGGAAUAUCUUCUUAGAAAUGGUUCCUCACGCGAAAACCGUCCACUGCGCGAGAUUCGUCAAGUAUUUAGUCAUCGAGAAAAAGGAGAAAAUCGAAGACGCCGCAAUUAUCGCCCUUAUACGAAAACUACCCUUCAAUAUUGCAAAUUUCAACUUAACCUUGCUGGAAGAACUGGAGGUCCUCACUAAACUCGGCCUGGACUUCAGUCCGGAGAUAAGGCGAGCCGGAAUACUGAGCUUCGCGACUCUGGUCCAAAAGAUACAAUACUAUACAAACAGUCAGGGUACAUGUUGUACAAACUAUUUGGACUAUAUCGUGGUUAAAUACUUCCGGAUGUACAGCGAUUGUCCACAGUAUAUAGACCGAUUGACAUGGCUACAGGGUCUGUGCAACAUUGGACAUGCUGCGCAAGCGUACACGAACGUAAUAUACGGCGAUCCUACCAAGGACAAGCAUGAGCGACUAUGGGCCGCAUUUAGCAGUAAACCCGACGGCCUUUACGAGGUCCCGUUUGAGGUCCUAAAAACGAACCUACCAAUCCUGACAAAUGAAACUGAGCAUAUUCAACUCCGGAUCAUAGCGAUACACAACAUCCUGAGCUCCACCAGCAUCACCGAGAGCGACUUUCUGUUCCUUCACAACUACAUCAAGAAUUCCACUGAUGAACAGCUCAAAAACUUCUGGUAUUCCAGCGUGUUGAGCAUGAGGGAUUAUAGCAAAUUUAGAGGUUAUAUAAUUGCGUCGUCGUACGUCCCAUUCGUGAUUAAUGACGUGCCCACACCAACCGCCGCGUACUGGGCGACCAGCAACCACGUCAUCAGCGACGGUGACGCGUCAUUGCAGCUGUUCACCGUCGGUGAUGACUCGGCGAUGCCGGCAUUUGCUGCGUUGAGGUUAUCUACUGGUGGAAUGAGGCCGUACCACGCCGCUUUGUACAUAUUAGCUCAAGGUGUUUCGGCAGAUUUGUACAAAGAGCUCAAGGGUUUUGACACCGAAGCGAUGAAGAUAGACGAACUCAAAAGCGUGUUACAGAAAUUGACCGCCUGGGGACGAAAACUGCCAGAAAAAGUACACAUCGAUAUUGUUGUAAAAGUGUUGGAUAAGACAGUGUAUGCUACACACCUGAAUCAAACAAGAAAAUAUUUCGCUGAUGCCAUGUUUUCAGCGUUGGACUUCUUGAGGCUCGGCAGCCACGUAAACCAGCAGCUGAUACAAGUGCCCACACAAAUGGAGGUCCAUAUCCCUAGCGUUUUGGGAAUUCCAAUUAGACUCCACACAACCAGCAUGUCCUUCGCAUCAAUACGUGGCAAUUUGUCCGCUUCUGAAAACUUGCUCAUUAGAAAUGAUUUACAUUUGAGAUACCAAGGCAUAGUUCUUACGUCACUAUCAACGGACGGCCCAUUACUCCAAUCUGAGCAUGUUGCACGACUGCAGAGCUCUGUGGUGGCCCACUUACCAAUGAAAUUCAAUAUCUCCGUUCAGUUACAGGAUACCCGCGACCUGACGAGUUCCAUCCACUCCAAAAGGGGCGGGAUAGCGAUGCACAGCAGGAAAGAAAUUGCGAUUUUAACGGAUGACGUCCUACAUGUGAAAACAGUGGGCGGACAGAAGCGAUGGGAUGGCGCCACAGGAUAUUUCUCGGAUUGUCGCCUGGAGAGAUCCUUUGUCGACUUGAUAGACAAACUAUUCGGGAUAAAAAUCAAAGGAGACGUACGAUUUUUAGACCCCAUAUUAAAGUUAGGAUAUUUCCUAAAGAAUAUGCUGUUAUCAACUGUGCCCACGACGAAUUCCUGUGGUCUUGUCCUUCCCAUCCAGAGCAGAGAAGUGGAGAAGGUUGUAACCUUGAGGUUGAAGGUUACUCAUCAGAAUUACGAUGAGUUGACCUUGGAGGUGGCGCCGGAGAUAAAGUUUUACAAAACAGGUAAAUCUGACGAAGAAGCCUAUUUAAAAUCCGUUUCUAUAGCGGAUUUGAAGAUAUCGAAGAAUCAGUUAAAUUUGACUGUUCUAAUCGACAACAAAGGUCGCGAUAUGAAUGAUUACGAUUAUCCUAAGGAUUUAAAAUUAAACUUCAGCCACCAAAUUGACUAUAAACCCUGGCCUGACCAAGACAUUUCCACGCUGCCGCUUCCAUACAAUGGGACUACGUUGCUGACAUACAGUAGCGAGACAGACAGACAGACGUUGCUCAACGUCAAGUUUGGUUUCGUGCCUGGUAACAAAUCAGGCGUGUCCGAGAAGAGCUUCAGAGUUGAUAUCAUCAGAGAUAAAAAGAUGCCAGAAUUAUUAAACUCGAUAUUCAGAGUGCUGAGCUCGUUGAUACCCGAUGCUGUAAUGGAUAGGCUGAUGAGGAUUGAGAAGUCUGAUGUUUUCGGCCCACUCAAAUCGUUCACUAUAUUUACAAUUAAGGAAAAAGACACGGGAUUAACCUCGAUAAGUAAUGAUAAAUUUGAAACAGUAUUUGAGUCGCCAACCCCUAAUAUAUUCCAGUACAUUGACAGCUUUACGGCUGUACAGAGGCUAAAGAAAAUUGGACUUUACAAGGAAUGUCGUGUACAAGAGUCCAUAGUGAACACAUUGCGAGGUACAGUGGAGCGCGCGCAACCUCAACGUUGUGCGCAGGGAGUACUGCUAGCCGACUGUACACAAGUACCUAAGUUCGCAGUGUUGAGAUUGAAAAAUGGAGGGUUCCGGAUCCAUGCUGGUGGUCGUCAUGUGGACCUUAAUGAUAACGCCACGGACCACAAACACCACGUUGAAAAUAGCAGCAAUACCACAGAAUAUUUUGAUAUACAAAAAAGCGCGGAGAUCACGAGAAUAUCAUUAAACAUGGAUAUAGACGUAUACCGCACAAGAAACGAACUAAUUAUACUAAUUCCUAGCGUAUAUAUGAACAGUGUGUGCGGCGAAUGUUCUGGAGAGAGCGUGCCAAUGGCUUGCUAGAGAAAUGAAAUUAUUUUUAAACUUUCGCGUUGCAUAAUUACUCGUAUAUACCUGCUAAAUAACAGGUAUUACACGCGCACAUACCUUUUUUAUUACGGUAGAAUCUACCAGACAAAUGUCGUCGCCAUAGCAUGCUGAGUCACUCGCCCAGUGACCUUUGUAACAAGGUCCGAAACGGCUGUAUUUGUUUAUAUGAUAGCUUUUCGUUGUUUUAUUGUUUUUCUUUAUACUUUUACUUUUUAAUAACAAUAUGACACUAUGUACACCAAGUGGGGAGAGGCUGGCGUACUGAGAUACAAGCUCUGCUUAGUUUAGACACCAGUCUCUUAAAUGUAAUUCGCAACAUAAUGUUUACUUUGUUAAUAUAUUUAUAGAUUGUGGAGAAAAAUAAAGAAUUUUGAAUUUUGAAUUUGAAUUGAGUCUGGGAAAUAGAAAAGGUAUGUCCGCGUUUAAUACCUGUUAUUAAGUUGGUAUAAUACCCCAGAAUAUUUUGAGUAAGUUACUAGUUUAAAUGGAUGUCACACGUAUGCAUUUUAACUAAUUUUUUAAACAAUGAUGAGACGAAAAAGUAUGGGAUCGAGCGGGAAUCGAAUAGAUGGUGCUGUUAACCACUGGGCUGUUGAGACCGUAAUGCCAGUUAGGUACACCUAAAUCGUGGGUUCGAUUCCCGCUCGAUCCCAGAUUUUGUCUCACUCAAUUAUUUUCAAAAAUUUAAUAAAUUACCUGUUAUUAUUUAGUAUAUAAAAAUGAAAUUGUGCCACGGUAACAAAUUUCGAAGAUUCGCUCGUAAUUUUACCGGCUAUUUUAUUAUGGUUUCACCCGAACGAAGACGGGACGCGUCGUUAGUUAAUUAUAUGGCAUCAAACGUGUCGCCACUCAAUCUGGAACAUUGAAGGUUAUUGAUAAGAAUCAAAUGAUUUGUUUUUUUUUUACUAUAACGAUGUAUGUGGUGGUAAAUCUUUAGGUAAUUAAAAACAAAUCUAAUAGUGUAUAAUAAAAAAAAAAACGUGUCUCUGAAAUAAGUAUGUUAUAUGUUCUACAAGCGUUGGUGAUUCGAAAGGUCCCUGGUUCGUGCCACACGAGUUUGUACACCAAUCUGACUCGUGUAUAGUAGUUUUCAUCGACCACCACUUGCUUCCGGUGAAGGGAAACAUCGUGAACCUGCACACUGGUUGAUUCUUAUUGUGUGUGAAAUGGAGAAGGCAAUGGCAAACCACUCCAUUAAUAAUGCCAGGAAAGUUGUUGUGUGUGUUUGAUUCCACGUAAUAACCACGACCCUCGACCCUCGGCCAUGAGGAAGAAUCGACUAUGAAGAAGUUGUACAAAUAUUUUCAUACAAUUUUCGCUAAUAUAAUGUGUGAUGUUUUCUCCAAUUAGAUACCUAAUAUAUACUAUUAUUAUAAAGAGGUAAGCGUUUGUGAGUUUGUAUGUUUGAGGCGGUUAAUCUUCGAAACCACUGAACCGAUUUCGAAAAUUCUUUCACCAUUAGAAAGGUACAUUAUCCAAGAUUGCUAUAGGCUAUAUUUUAUCUCAAUCCCCUGGCAACAUCUAAUAUUUUUAAUGAAAAGUGCUUAUCGAUACAUAUAUAACAAAACUGUAGAUGGUCUAGGCAUGUACAUAGAAGAUAUUAUAGAACAAUAAA